GAGUCUUUGUAUGAGUUUAAUGUGUUUGUGUAUACGUAUGUGUGUUUGCAUGCGCAAUGCUUGCAGAAUAGAACGCAGUGGUUUCUGAAGAUGGAGUUGCCUCGUUCUCUAACACUUCAUCAGCUUCAGAUGUGAUGAAGAUGUGCUCAUCCUGGAUCACAUCGCAAGAUUAACACAGCUUGCUGUAUGCUUGCCUUGCUGUCACAGGGGGUGAUUAAUUGGCCAUGCGUACAGGAAGUCUGCAGGUCUCACAACAAAGCUGCAGUCACAGUAUUAGAGGCAUGAAGAUGACAUAAAGUAGAUUAUAGUUUAAGUUAGACGUAUUCUGCUUUUAUUUAUUUAUCAUGUUGUAGAAACUUUACAUGUUUUGAUAGGAAAGGAGGACAAAAGAUGGUUCUGUAAAGUUGAUGAUUGCUGUACAGUGUAGUUUACUUGUGUGACCUCAAGUCUGCUGUAGACUGGCUGCGAUCUGUUGAUUGUUUACAUAAAUAUAAUAAGGAAUGUACAAUAUGCACAUCUGAAGCAAAUAUGUACCAAAACCACUGCCGUUUCAUUUGUUUUUAGGACCAGCAUGAAACUCAUGCAUGAACAAAGUGUGAAUGAUAUUACAGUGUUUGUUGAAAUAAGUUACAAAUCCUCUGUGUCCUCCGAUUUCUCCCCAUAGUUUCUCUUUACUGCCUAACGCAUGGCUGCUCCCUUCUGUUGAAAACGUGAUAUGCUGUGUACUGUAGAGACAGAGAUAUACUGCAAAUACCUGGGUUUGGUUCUUGGGAAGCUGGUGAGGGGUCUUGUCUUUGGUGUUACACUGGAGUCCUUCUGGUUGGUGAGGGCAGAAGAAGACAGAAGUGUGUAUCACAUGAGGCACGUGGUUGUAUACACGUACAUCCUGGUAUAACAAGGGAAUUGUCCAUGUGGGUCAAAGUGUUAGGUGCACUUAUCAGCUCAAAUCAUGUGAUAGUCUUAAAAUCUGUGAAGUUUCUGAGCGUAUUUAUCAUCAUUGCUUGAAACACUCAUGUUAUCUUGGUCAGUGUCUUUUUUACUGCUUAUAAACCAGGGCUGCACAUUUUUAAAACUAUGUAACAAAACAGAAUUAUGAUGAAGUAGUAGUGCUGCAGAGAUGCCCUGGAUUUGUAGUCCAGGGCAUCUCCUGGACUACAAAUCUUGUUCUUCAGAUUUAAGAACAUCUUUGUGAUGCAAAAAUGGUCAUUCCCGCACUACUCAUGAAUCAUAUCGCAAUAUCUGUCAGAAUAAUCACAAUAUGAUGUUUUUACCAUAUCAUGCAGCCCUAAUAUACAUACCGCUGAGGUGAAACAGUCACACCAUGACACUAAAUACCUCAUCAUGUAGUUUUUUAAUGUAUGUAAAGUUUUGGAUUGUAGUUUUGUAAAUGUGUUGUCCUUUUUUUUUUUGACAAAUAAAUGAUGUAAAAAUGUUCAGUAAGGGAUUCAAAAGGAUUCAGAUAAUCUGUUUUUUGCCCUUUGGAGUCUAAAUCUCAGCAUCAUUCAGGCAGUGAUUUGGCUCUGUUCUCAUAACCAAAGGCCAGGCCAUGGCUAAAGAGGAAGUGUUGUAUCUCUGAGAGGAAACUCUCUUUCCUUUCCUCUCUCUUUCUCUCCCUCUCUCUGUCUCUUGCUCUCUCUCUCUCACCUUCUUCCCCUUCCUGCAGGGCUUUGCUGUUUGAAAACCCACGGGGUAGCAGAGGUGUCAUGGUGCAGCUUAAUUUAGAUGCCACACACUCAAGUCAUUCUUUAUCUCUGCUACAAUCAGAGGUUUAUAGCCACUGCCAUCAAGAAACAUGCACAAGUGUAACGUUUGGCUGUACUAUCAUGCUUAUCCUGUAACUGUGGACAGACUGGGUUUAUUCUCUCUCUGACUCCCACACUUCCAGAAUGAAGGUGAAAUUCCUGUAUAAAAGCUGUGGUUUCUAGUGGCAACGAGCUGCCUGCUUCCCUCUGAUCCCUUCCUGUUUGAAGACAGAGGCAGAAAAGAAGCGGGGGUCACACGUUUGCACUUUAAAGCAGGGCUGAGGUCCAUGCUUUAGUAUUGAAGGUCAGGUUCACACAUUUUAAAGGCUGUCUUAAAACAACAGAUGAACAUUGAAAAGGGCAUCCACAGACCUCUGUGUUGAAAAAUAUAUCCCAAAGUUCAUCUGACACUUAUGAAGCUUUGAGUUAGACAAAUAAAGUGAGUCUCUUCCAAAGUUAGUUGUUUUUGUUUUGUAUAUAGUUCUCGCACCAUGAACAAAAAGAGCCAAUUUUGUGCUAAAAAGGUUGUAACUGGAAGAUACCCAUUCAAUUUGUCUAACAUUGACAGCUGAAGCCCUGGCUAUAUUCGCUUCUGAUAAACAUUUGAUCCAUUUUGGCAUGAAAGGAUGACUGUGGAUUUUCAUUUGGAUCAAUAUUAUGUCAUAUAGACUUUGCCUUCUGCACAAAACUGCAUCAUUUUUAAAAACCCUUCGUUCAGUCCAUUUACAUCUUCUUGUCUUUAAAUAGCGGACUUUAGAAGAUUGGAUAUUAAGGUUUGGAGGUCAGGAAUAUUUUCUUUCAACGUAAAUCCUCUCCCAGAGAGUAGACGUGAUAUUGCUGACCCACUGCCUAUGUGUUGAACCCAAUAUUAAAGUAGUAAAAGCUGUGCUGAUACCCUCUAACCCCCCUACUGGGCUGUAGAGGUGUCUGGUUACCUGAGCUCAGAGAUCUGACUGAGGAGUUAUUUAAAUAAGUGACGAUGCUGGUGAUUUAUAUCUGACUGCGUAAAGUUGUUCUCACCUGCUGGCACCACAAAGAGUCAGAUGCCCUAUGACCUUAUAACCUGACAGGUUUCUCUCUUCAGUUGCACAAAGUGUGUGUUGACCCUGACGUGCAUCCCCUUUCCCAUUCCUUAUGUCUGUGUGCCUUUAACAGAAUCUUUGGUAUGAGAUUUCAGCUGGUGUGUAGGUGGUUUCCAGCCUGUUGACAGUUGAUGAUGCUCUGGCAGCGCUGGUGGAAUAUGAGCUAUGUUGGCCAAGUUGAAGGCCUGGCCACUGUUAAACACCUAUCGGGUUAGUAAGUGAAGACCACUUUGCAGGGCUUGAAAUUUAUAACAUAGUCUGCUAAUUUUUCCUCUUGUCCACUGGAAAGCCCCUCUUGAGAACAUCUGUCUUACUCGUGAUCAGCAAGAGAAUGAGAUUCUGAGAAUCACCUCUCUCCAUCAGGUCAGACACAUUAGGCCUCCGCUGAGUGGUUUUCUAGUCAACAUGGAAGAGUGUCAGUUCUAUGCACAUGGUGAAUUAUUCAUUAGAGAUGCUUUCUAUGGUGUUGAGCACAGAUGCAGUGGUGUACUUUAACUAAGGCUUUCCCUGUAAACGUACAGCCACAUCCAACGUAAUAUUUCACAUGCAGUCUGAUGACUAUCAGCCAGUUUUUCGGUUAUGUUUCACUUCACUACCCUGCUGUCAGAUUGAUAUCCAACCCCUCUGUAUAGCUGAUACCUCAGAGAUAAAUGUGAUAUUUACAGCCCUGUACAACCCUAAAACAUCAACAUAAUAGAUCCUCUGUGGGGAUGAAAUUUAAAUAAGCCUCUAACAAGUCUCUUUGUUACUUUGUCUUUGCAGCCUCCCACCUCACAGACUCUGUUAAGUAGUCGUAGAUGACUCAGACUCGCUUCACACCCAACGUACCACCUGUUGUUUCCUUUGUGUAAUCCACAAGAGUGAGUCGCACGACGCUGACAGUUGGGCUGAUGCUGGGCAGGGCUCAGCCACUGCGGGCACGAUGAGGCGUGGGACCAGCCUCCAGAGCCGCCGCAGUAAGGGAUCUGGGUCGGGAUCUGGGAGUGGAGACCGCGAUCCUCUCCUGAGAGGUAGCCCCCAGGCCCCGCACCGCCGCAACACCCACGAUCCACAGCACCAUACCAGCCGUCCACGCUCCUCUUCCACCACUGACACCACACCUAGUAGCCCCACCCCUGGAUAUGUUGGCUGUGAUGUGGUGCUGUCAUCAGGGUACCAGUCCACGGAGGAGACGGACAGGAUCGACCGGCUGGAGGUGAGCGGGCUAGGACAAACACCCCUGGCUGUUUCAUGUGGAGCAGACGGUUCUUUCCAGGGAGGUGAGGAUGGCACCCCAGACCCUCAGCGCACUAAGCAGGCAAUUGCCCAGCUGCAGCAGAAAAUCCUCAAGCUCACAGAGCAGAUUAAGAUCGAGCAGACAGCCAGGGAUGACAACGUUGCUGAGUACCUCAAACUGGCCAACAACGCUGACAAACAGCAAAGCACACGCAUCAAACAGGUUUUUGAGAAAAAGAACCAGAAGUCUGCGCAGACCAUCCAGCAGCUGCAAAGGAAACUAGAGCACUACCACCGGAAGUUGCGGGAAGUGGAGCACAACGGUAUCCCUCGCCAGCCCAAGGAUGUUCUGCGGGACAUGCAGCAGGGCCUAAAGGAUGUCGGAGCCAAAGUCACAGGCUUCAGUGAAGGCGUAGUGGAUAGCGUAAAGGGAGGCCUCUCCAGCUUCUCCCAUGCCACCCACUCUGCUGCCGGGGCUGUCGUUUCCAAACCCCGGGAGAUUGCAUCGCUGAUUCGCAACAAAUUUGGCAGCGCUGAAAACAUCCACUCUCUUAAAGACUCUCUGGACGACCCAUCAGUGGAAGAAGCUGUGACAGGUGCUGGCGGACGUUCGCUGGGCAGUGCAGGGCAUCACCUCCAGUCCAGUCCCAAGUACGGUAGUGAGGAUGACUGCUCUAGUGCCACAUCAGGCUCAGCGGGGGCCAACAGCAUCACAGGGGCCCCUGGAGGUCCCCCCAGUUCCAAGGGUAACACACUGGAGAGGAGCCAGAGCUCCAGCCUAGACAUGCUGCUGCAAGAGGUGCAGGAGCUGAGGGAGGGCCAGGCAAGGCUAGAGGAGAGCCUUGAUGGUUUGAAGAGCCACUAUCAGAGAGAAUACACAGUUGCAAUACAAGCACUGCAGGAGGAACGCUUCAGGUGUGAACGUCUGGAAGAGCAGCUGAACGACUUGACAGAACUUCACCAGAAUGAGAUCCUCAACCUCAAACAGGAGCUGGCCAGUAUGGAGGAGAAGAUUGCCUACCAGUCUUAUGAGAGAGCCAGAGACAUACAGGAGGCAUUAGAGGCGUGUCAGACCAGGAUCUCUAAGAUGGAGCUCCAGCAGCAGCAACAGCAGGUUGUCCAGUUGGAGGGGCUGGAAAAUGCCACAGCCAGGACCCUCCUGGGAAAACUUAUCAAUGUGCUGCUGGCCCUUAUGGCUGUCCUUCUGGUCUUUGUCUCAACUGUGGCCAACUGCGUGGUUCCCCUGAUGAAGACACGCUCGCGCUCGCUCUCCACCCUCCUCCUCAUCCUCCUACUGGCCUUCUUGUGGCGAAACUGGGACGCUCUCUCGGGGUACACACAUCGCGCUCUACAGCCACCAGGAUGACCAGAUUGAAGCCAGCACAUGUUGCUUUGUUGACACCAGGAGAUGUAACUGUAGCUGCAGUCAUGCAGGAAGUUUGAAGAACGUGAUUGCCGUUAGGAUGGCGGCGUGGCCGUGCACUGAAGAUUCGGCUGAGCACAUUCGGACACGGCUUGGAAUCAUGAAAAAGAGGAAGAAACAGAGUAGAGUUGAGAACACUCAUGAUUGUCACUUAGGAAGGACGAGACUGUUUACAUUUUUAAAAAUGAACUGUUGUGUUGCUACCCCUCACAGAAUGCAACAUUGUACUGUUUUUAUCUUUAGAGUUUAAUCAAUUAUAAUGUAUUAUUUCUAAUAUUAUUUUUAUUUUGAACGUUAUUUUAUUCAGUACCAUGUAGCAUUACGCUCCUCUCAGUCUACAUGAAGGGGAGUUUAGUCGUGAAACUGGGUUGGCUAAUCGCUGAAAGGCCCAGUCUAGUUGUAGAGACAUGCAAAUGUGAUAACGUGGUUGAUUGCCUGUAGGAAGAGAACUCUUACCUAGCUGUGACUGGUAGAUUUGAACCAUGGCUGAAAACCUUCCUGGGAGUUGCUCCUGUUUUGCUGUGAUGAAAUUUGUUCAGACAGAACAUUUUGAAGGACUGACAAUGACCUUUCAGUGUCAUGAUGACUAAAGACUUUUUGUGCUUCCUCACCAUUUCUAAUAGAAAAGAUCACAUGCUUUUACUUAUUUCUUUUUUUAAGUAAAACAAGAAAAACUGUGUUAAAUGUGAUUAAUGAAACAUAAAGAAAUGAAACAAACAGAAUGAGCCAGCUUUAGAGGGGAAAGCUACAAUGGGCCGCUCAGAAACAGCACAAACACAGAACAUCUGGUUAUUGUUAAAACAUCUGCCAUAUGUGCACAUGUAAACAAUACUGCAUGUUUUCAUUAAGAAAAAUGACAUAGGAAUCAACUUUGCUUUUAAAAGCAAUGACAUAAGGCCAUUGUCCAAGUAAAAUCAAUUUGCCAGGAUAAUUGCCUUCCCCCGCCAUGUUUGAUGUGAUCAGGUUAGGAAGAGAGACCACUGGUGCUUAUCCAGCUCCAUCUCAGUUGGAAUGGGUAUGCUGCUGCUUCAUAUCUACAGUGCAAGUUGUCUCCACUGCCAUGCCAGUCAAAUGCACACUGCCUGUAUGUGAUAUUGUACUAUUCAUCACACUUUCUCCCCGCGUAUUCUUUCUGUAGCCGUCCUUUUUCUAUGAGUACACUUAUCUUAUGGUGUAAUCACCUAGUGCCAAACCUUAGUCUACCCUGGGAUGCGUGAGCACCCAAAGGGUCCAUGCUGAGAAGAGAGAAAUGGGGAGCUCAGCAGGUCUUGCUUUUAUUCAGAUAUGUCAUGAAUGAAUGUCAAAGAUGUACCUCUUUGGGAGACAUAACUCUUGCAAGGGAAAAUCUGUUAGAGAAUUCACAAUCUGAACAUAAACUUGACUCCAGAUCACAGUCCUUUUCUCCUUGAGUACAGUUCCUUGGCUCGGCGUCCAGUCUUUCUUAUUCUCUCUCUCUUUCUCAUCUAGUCAAGGACACAACAUGAUGACAUAGCACAUUAAUUAGUUCACCCUGCAUUUCAAGCUGAGACGCUGAUUCCCUAACAGAUAGUGAGAUCAUUUGAACUGUACAGCUGCACUUUAGCACACGGGUAGAUAACAUGUAGGUCAGGCUGAAGCUUGAGAGACCUUUGAUAGAGACUUCAAAGGUUGUCACUCUUUAAGACAGCAGUCUUGUGGGAUAAGAAGAGUUGACUCAGGUCAGGAUCACUGUCAUCCUUGUCUGAAGAUCAAACCCAGCAGAGAGGAAUUUAGUUCAUUUCUUGUCAAAACGUCGAUAAACUCUAUCCCUCCAAAUUCAGACAUGCAAUUAAAAAGAUUUUGCCAUUGCAGGUGCAGCAGACAAGUUGAGAGUGAGCUGAUCUUUGACCUUAGCCUGACCUUGCAGUAACACCUAUGAUGUAGGUUGUGUGCUAGACCACUCCAGUGCCUUCUGAUGUCCUUUUCAAGUGUGGAAUAAAUAAAAGUGCAUUCCUGACUUA